CGUCUGUUCGUUUUUUCCCCUCACUUCCUUACCUCCCCCUGUCUCUCUCGUUCCCUGCCCUCCUCACCCUCUUUCUCUCUCCGUCUUGUUUAUUUCGAGAGAACAUGAAGGAAAAGAGCUAUUUCCAGCGGGGACGACGACGAGUUGAGUGAAGUGAAAGUUUAUCCGGAGCUUUUUUCUCUCGAAGCACAGGAAAGAAAGAGAAGAGGACAUCAUCAUUAAACAGGCGGAUAGAUGGAGGGCGGGAAGGAAAAGACCCAUUCAGCCGCUCGGAGAGACGAGAACAGACUAAAUGAAUAACAGCGUAGCGAAGAAGGAGUCAUACUAAACUGUGCACCGUCGACCAGCAACGGUUAAUGUGUGACCUCGGACGAGCGACGUCGGCAAAGUUAUAGUCAGUCUCUCUCUCUCUCUCUCUCUCUCUCUCUCUCUCUCUCUCUCUCUCUCUCUCUCUCUCACACACACACACACACACACACGCUCUCGCUCGCUCACUCAUUCUCACACACACACACACACACUCUCUCUCUCUCUCUCCCCAAAGUUUGUGAGCAGCCACUUAAACCCUCAGCGUCGCAACCUUGGCGUCAGUCAGGUUCUCUCCUUUCUCUCUCUCUGUUGAACUGAGGGCUCCGGUCAGGUCGCCGUAGCCACCCCGCUGCUGGAGCAGCCAUGGCCGGGGCCAAGCCGGGAGUACACACGCUCCAGCUCAAACCUGUGGUCGUCCAUGAAAUCCUCAAACGGGGAAGCAAGUUUAUCAAAUGGGACGAGGAGCCCAACAGUGGUCAGCCCACCCUAGUCAACCUGAAAGUGGACCCUUAUGGAUUCUUCUUGUACUGGUCGGUUGGAUCUAGCAUGGAGGUGGACAUUGUGGACAUCAGCCAUAUCAGGGACACCAGAACAGGGAAGUUUGCCAAGAUACCAAAGGACCCACGUGUGCGUGAAGUGUUGGGCAUCGGGAAAGGCGACGGGAACGCUGAUGGCAAGCUAGUAACUGUUGUCCAUGGCAACGAUCUGGUCAACAUCUCCUUCCUCAAUUUCCAGGCUAUGCAGGAAGAUAUUGCCAAGGUGUGGACUGAAGAGCUGUUUAAACUUGCCACAAACAUACUGUCCCACAAUGCCUCACGAAACAACUUCUUGCUCAAAGCAUACACCAAACUAACUCUGCAAGUGACCCAAGAUGGAAAAAUCCCUGUGAAGAAUAUUUUGAGGAUGUUCUCUGACAAGAGACGAGUGGAGGCAGCUUUGGAGCAGUGUGGCCUUGUGGCUAAUAGGGCAGAUGGAGUCAAGUCAGAAGAGUUUACGUGGGACAAGUUCCACAGCUUUCUAAAUAGCCUGUGUCUAAGGCCUGAGAUUGACCGCCUCUUCUUAGAACUUGGCUCUAAAGGGAAGCCCUUCCUGUCUCUGGAUCAGAUGAUGGACUUUAUCAACAAUAAGCAAAGGGACUCACGUCUGAAUGAGGUUCUGUACCCUCCCCUCAAACGAGAACAGGUCCGGCAGCUUAUGGAGAAAUAUGAGAGCAACCUCAACCAGCUAGAGAGAGAUCAGAUAUCUCUGAUGACGUUCAGUAAAUAUCUGGGAGGAGAUGAAAACGCAGUGGUUCCCUCUGAGCGGUUUGACAUUAUGGAUGACAUGAACCAGCCACUUUCUCACUAUUUUAUCAACUCUUCACACAACACCUACCUAACAGUGGGUCAGUUGACAGGGCUGUCUUCAGUGGAAAUGUACAGGCAGGUGCUGCUGACAGGGUGCCGCUGUAUUGAGUUGGACUGCUGGAAGGGCCGUCCACCUGAUGAAGAACCUAUCAUCACUCACGGCUUCACAAUGACAACUGAAAUCCCCUUCAAAGAGGUGAUUGAGGCCAUUGCUGAGAGUGCCUUCAAAAUCUCUUCCUAUCCCGUCAUCCUCUCCUUCGAGAAUCAUGUUGACUCCACGCGGCAGCAGGCUAAGAUGGCAGAGUAUUGCCGCUCCAUAUUUGGUGAUGCGUUGCUCAUUGAUCCGUUAGAGAAAUACCCGCUAGUCCCAGGUCAGCCACUGCCGAGUCCUCAGGAGCUAAUGGGGAAAAUCCUGAUAAAGAACAAGAAGAAGCAUCACCACCGAGCAUCCAAUGGCGGCAGUGUCAGACGCAGGGCGGGAGAGGGAGCAGAUGAACAAGCCUCGCCUUUGAACGAUUGUCCACUGAAUGAAGGUGAAGCAGGACAGGUCAUGUCCAAUGGGGGUGAGAAGCUGGCAGAGAGAAUGAGCAAAGACAGCGAUAUCCGCAAGUCCAUGGAUCGAGGAGAUGGAGAGAGUGAUGAAGAGGAGGAAGAAGAGCCUGUAACAGACCCCAAAAAACACAAUUCUGAUGAGGGAACAGCAUCCAGUGAAGUCAACGCUACAGAAGAAAUGUCCACGUUGGUAAACUACAUUGAACCAGUCAAAUUCAAAUCCUUUGAGGUGGCAAACAAGAGGAACAAGUAUUUUGAAAUGUCAUCCUUUGUUGAGACUAAGGGCAUGGACACAAUGAAGAAUUCACCCAUUGAAUUUCUAGAAUACAAUAAGAAGCAGCUGAGUCGGAUCUAUCCUAAAGGCACGCGAGUGGACUCCAGUAACUACGUGCCUCAGCUCUUCUGGAACGUGGGCUGCCAGAUGGUGGCACUCAACUUUCAGAGUCUUGAUUUACCCAUGCAGCUGAACUUGAGUGUGUUUGAGUACAACGGACGUAGUGGCUACCUGCUGAAGCCUGAGUUCAUGAGACGCACAGACAAACACUUUGACCCCUUUACUAUGAACAUAGUGGAUGGCAUUGUGGCUAACACUGUCAAGAUUAAGAUUGUAUCUGGUCAGUUCCUGACUGAUAAAAAAGUGGGAGUGUAUGCUGAAGUGGACAUGUUUGGGCUGCCUACUGACACCAGGAGGAAAUUCCGCACCAAAACGUCCAAUAACAACUCAAUGGACCCCCUCUGGGAGGAGGAGCCAUUUGUCUUUAAUAAAGUGGUGUUGCCCACAUUAGCAUCACUGAGGGUGGCUGUAUUUGAGGAGAAUGGUAAAUUCAUUGGGCAUCGGAUCUUACCAGUCGUGGCUUUACGCCCAGGGUACCAUUACAUUAAUCUGAAGAAUGAGCUCAAUCAGCCGCUUUUGCUAGCCUCACUGCUGGUGUACACUGAAGUCCAGGACUACAUCCCUAAUGAGCACCAAAGCUAUGCUGACGCUCUGACCAACCCAAUCAAGCAUGUGCUGGACCAGAGAGAGAGUCAGCUGGCUGUAUUCAUGGAGGACAGUAACGAUGUUACUAAGCGAGUGCCAGUAAAGCUGGAUGAAGGAGAGAAACCAGAAGCCAGUGCUGUGACAGUUGUUGAAUUCCCAAGUUUACCCCCUCCAACCCCUCCUCCAGUGGAUGUUGAGGUGAUACCUGCUGCCCCAGGGCCAAAAGAAGACCUGGUCAACAGUGUAUUAAGAGUGAUAGAGCCUCAGUCCAUAGAACAACUCAAGCAGAACAAGUCUUACCUGAAGUUGUUGACGAAACAUUGCAAAGAACUGAAGGAGCUACGCAAGAAGCACCUUAAAAAGGUGUGGGCUCUCAGCAAGGAGCAGAAGACAAGGUCUAACCAGCUAAACUCAGAUAUCCAGAGACGCAAGAGUCAGGUGGAGAAAAAGCUCCGCCUCAGCGUGAAGAAAAAUGAGCCGGAGGACUCUGUGCGGACAGAGCUUAGUGCACUGGAGGUGGAGUUAGAGAAGCAGACGGUGCAGCUGAGAGAGUGGCAGAUGCAGGAGCUGCUUGAACUUCGGAAAAAGCAGCACCAGCUGGAGAGAGAGAAGAAAUUCGACCACCUCGGAGAGUCAUAUCAGAAACUGAAAGAAGUUGCCCAGGAAUGCCAAGCAGCCCAAAUCAAGAAACUCAAGGAAAUCUGUGACAAGGAAAAGAAGGAGUUACAGAAGAUUUUAGAAAGAAAAAGGCAGAACAGCAUCAUUGAGGCACGAAAAGGGGACAAAGAGAAGGCAGAGUCGGAGCAGAAUGAAAUUAAUAAGAAGCAUAUCCAAGACUCUGUGAACUCACUGCGCAGGUUGGAUGAAUCGCAGAACAAGCGUCAGGAGAAGCUGGAAGUCCAACAGAAGGAGAUCUUGCGGAAAAUAGAGGAAGAGCAACCUGUGCAUCGGUUGCGUCUAGAGGAGGACUGUGACUCUGAGCUGCAGCGUCUGCCUGAAGAAAUCUGCCGUUACCUGCAGGGGGAACUAGAGAGCAAAGGCCUUCGCAGUGAUGCCCUGUGCAGCCAGCUGCCCAAUCAUGAUGGCCUCGGUUCAGGUCCACCCUCCAACUGCAGCACGCCCCCUUUCUCCUCUCCCAAUCACAGUUGGAGCCCCAGCCUGGACAAUAGCAGGGCUUCACUGGGUGACUCCUCUUCCUCCAGCACACCAGUCACUUCAGAGGCGGAGCUUACAGCAGUGUAGCUUCAAUUUAGUGAUCCUGUUAUUACUUGCUUGCUCUUUCUCCCUUAGGCCCUUCUCUUCAUUAUCACUGGAUUAUGGAUAAUGGAUUAUGGAUUAUGAUGAUAGAAAUAGUAUUACCCGAAGUUGUAUAAAUGUUUUUUUUAAAGGAUUUCAGUUAUUUUUUUACAGCUUUAUUGUUCAUGAAUUCCACACACUUACCCCUGUGUGAGGUUUUGGACAUCAAGCAGUCUUUUUGUGCUUCAGCUUGAAGUCUGCUGCUUCUUUUUUAUAUAUAUAUUUUUUUUCUUUUUAACCAAAAGUUAUGUUUGUAGCCAAAACUAUAACAGAUUGUUCUCUAAGCUUUAGCCAUAUGGGCAGUGUAUGUCGAUGACUAUGUGUCAAGCACCUGUGGAAGGGAGGGGAAAGUAAUGUUUAAAGAGAGAGAAUCUUUAUUUAUUUCUGUGGCAUAAGUGUGAAUGGGGGGAAAUUAGAACUGUAGUGCUCUGAGCUGUCCUGCAGGUGGCAGUGUAGCUUUAGCAGUAGCGUAAAUUAGUUGUGAGUCCUGUGAUGGAAACGCAAGGCUAAUGCUUAAUCUGAAUGGUACUUGUUUACAUAAUAAUGCACAGAUGGGCAAUCCUAUAAGCCACUGACUCCCCAUUCCCACAGGACAAUAAUGUUAAUUCUCACUACAUAUUUUUAUAGCAGGCAAAACACAUUAGUGUAACUGAUACUGUGUGUAUGUAUGUACUGAUAUGUGGGUGUUCUUAUAGAGAGCCAGAUCUGCAUGAGAUCAAUAAUGAGAUUUUUUUUUUUUUUUUUUAAUACUGCUCCUCUUUUAAUUUGAGCUUUGCACUCAAAUUUCAUUUACCAAUACAUAACCCACCCACCCAGUCUGCUUAUCUCCCUCUAUCUCUAUGUCUUUCCCUUCCUAUCCCUCCAUCUCUCCAUCUGUGGUGUGGCUUAAUCUAAUCCCUUCUCUUUAAUUCUGUGUGUAAUUGGUGUGGAUAUCUCAUGCACUGCACUUCCUCAAAACCACUACUACUGUUUAGGAAACUUGCACACAUUUUUUAUGUCAUUCUGCGCAGUAGCGAGUGAUUUCAGCAAAAACUCAUCGCAGUGUACUUCUGAAACCCUUGAUGGAUGUGCCAAAAUCUGGCCCACAAUUCAGAGACGUUGAGUAUAUAAAAGGCCUUGUGGCAUCUAGAGGUCAGUUCUACUCAGGAUCAUAACCAUGUUACAUAACAUUCAGAAAAGUGCAGCAUAUGAGCUGAGCACCCUUGGGUAUGUACUGUCCAGCUGAUUUUGUUUUGGGUGUCAUUAGGCAUUCAUUUGGGUCUCUAAUGUCUGGUAUUUUCCUGUAAUCUAUGAAAAUGGAUGACUCAUUUUACUGUAAUCAGGGCUCCUAUAUCCCACAUUUGCUGUAUUGCACUCUCUUCUUUCGCAUUUUAUUCCCCAUUAUUUUCCCAUCAUCUCUUGCACUUCUGCCUUUUAAGGACCCCCUGCUUUCCUUCCACCACCAUAGGUCGAGUCAGAGGCCCCCCUUCAGAUUAAACCGCACAGAACUGCAAACGUGGAUGUGGUAUGAUGCGCAUACUCACAGCACGGUGCUAGCAAGCUGUUCCAGCUGAGGCUUGGUCCCAGUCCACUGUACCAAAGGAACAAAAGGCAUAUACUGCCCACUGCGCACUAAUUACGCCCUAAUGAUGUGCUGUAAUACAGCCACACAGUCAGUGCGUUAUGGGCUCUGACAAAGUAGCUACCUUUUUAUGUAUUUCAGAAAAUACUACGUGUGAUUAAACAAGUGAUGUGCUUGGUUAGUUUUAGGGGCUGUUACUUGCUUCGUUUAAUUGCAUAGGCAAAUGAUUGUCGGUUAGAGAUACUUAGAUGCAUAACAGAUGCACAGUAUGGUUUUCCCUGAUAAAGUAACAGAACCUACACGGUGCUGACUUAAAGCCCACAGGAGAAAGAUAAAGGUUUAGAAGUCCUAUAGGAAACUGUCAAGUCUGAAAUAAAUGUAUUUGUGUCUGUGGUUGCUGGCUGUUUGUAUGAAUGUACGAUGUUGCACCAGAUUGUUGCAGCUCUAAAGUCAGCCCCAAGUCUUUAUAAUGUGUUUGUGCAUGCAGUCAAAAGCUUUAAAGGCCUGUCUGAAGAAGACGAGAAUGGUACUUACUGUCAAAUGCUGUCUCAUGAUGUAUAAUGAAGAUUAUCGUUCAUGUUAAUGCUAUCAAAAAACCUUUAAUUUGUGUAUGUUAUGAAUUUUAUAUAUGGGUCGUUAUGUCAGUAUAAACAUUAGAACAGUAGCAGUGGUUACGGUAUAUCUCAAUCAUGUUAAUCAUGCAUAUGUAGUUUUAUGUAAAUUCUACUACUGACUAGAGGUGAAAUGGAGGAUUGUGUGUGUAUUUUUGUGCCUGUGGUUUUUUUUUUUAUAUACCAGUGAGGGGACCUUCAGGGUAUGUGAAAGAUGUCAGAUAUUUGACAUUUGAGGGUCUGUCCCCCUGUUUCCACAACACUCAUGCACACUUGCACACACUCUGGUAAUAUCCUCCAACUCCUCAAACUGUCACCUGCUGCCUAUCUGUCAUUUCAUUAUCGGGGGAGACAAAUGUAGGUCUUGUUUUAAGCAUCUAUUGAACAUUUUUACAGUUUUAAACACUUGAUUUGAAUGUGGCACAGAAAAUGCAUUUUCCUUAACUCUCUUAGUUUGAAUUUACUAGGGAUGUUUUUGAGCAGUGCUUAUGGGGACACUAAAGUGAGUUUUUCCAUGCAAAGUGAGGACCUUGUGGUUCUUUUGACAUUUUUAGAUUCUGUUCUCUGCCAGAUUCAUUUGUGCCGUAAAAUUAUUCAUAACUUAUAUUUACAUAUUCAUCAGUAAUCGGCUACGUCCUGGUAUUCUUACAUUGCUCUUCAAUUUUACCCUUGGUGCACUUUUACUUUGUUUUUACACUUUUUAUGUAUUACAUAGAUAUUACAAGCAGAUUUUAUAUCUAUCCCAUAGAUCCAGUCUGACGUAGUUGGUACAGUAUGUAGUUUAAUCUAGUUAAAAGGUGGCAUUUCUGUAAUAAUUUUGAAAAAUGAUUAUUCCUUCCGAAAGGGAGAGCAGGGGUUAUUAGGUUGACUUAAAGAGAAUAAUACUUUGUAGUACUUUGUAUUUGCUAUGAAAUGUAGGCUCGAAGGGAGAAUGAACACUUUCCCAAGGGCUAAUUCUGUUCUGCCUUGAGUCACAGCUUUAACCAAGUACAUGUGAUUUGCGUCCCUGUUUCAUUCUUUCUUGCUUUCUUUUUUCUCUCUUUCUCUUGCACUCAGAUUUCUUUCUUACUGAAACACUGUAUGUAGAGAAAGUACUGGUCUGCCUUGUGAAAGGGAAAAAUAAUUACUCUGGAUGUAAUUUUUAUUACCUUGAUAAAUGACAUGUAACUGUACAUUCAUUAAAUACAGAAUUUUGUCAAAAAUCUCA